AUGUCUAGUUCUGUGGCCACGGCGUUGUCAGCUCCAGUUCCUCAGCGUUAUCUGAAAGAAAAGAAAGUAGGUGAGGGAACUUAUGCCGUCGUAUAUUUGGGAAAGCAGGUUGAUACUAGGCGAAGAAUAGCCAUUAAAGAGAUCAAGACAGGUCUAUUCAAAGAUGGUUUAGACAUGUCAGCUUUGCGAGAAGUCAAAUAUUUACAGGAACUCAAACAUCCCAACGUAAUAGAACUUAUCGACGUGUUUCUGAGCUCCAAUAAUUUGAAUUUGGUAUUGGAAUUUCUUCCUGCUGACCUUGAAGUUCUCAUCAAAGAUACCUCAAUUGUGUUCAAGUCGGCUGAUAUCAAGUCAUGGCUCCUCAUGACCCUUCGAGGAAUACACCACUGUCAUAGAAAUUUCAUUUUGCAUCGAGACUUGAAGCCCAAUAACCUAUUGAUUGCUCCUGAUGGACAAUUAAAGAUUGCGGAUUUCGGUCUCGCCCGGUCGCUAGGUAAUGCCAACGAAGAUUUGUCUGCUAAUGUGGUUACACGGUGGUAUAGAGCCCCAGAACUUCUCUUUGGAGCAAAGCAUUAUACUGCAGCCAUCGAUAUAUGGUCUAUUGGGAUUAUAUUUGCUGAACUAAUGUUACGUACUCCAUACCUUCCAGGCAAAGAUGAUUUGGACCAACUAGACGUCACGUUCCGAGCAUUGGGUACACCAACAGAGCAAAUAUGGCCUAAUGUCUCCAGCCUUCCCGUUUACAAUGCCUUGAAGGUUUAUGCUCCACCAUCAAAACAAGAAUUGAGACAACGCUUUAGUGCUGCGACAGAGAAGGCCCUAGACUUAAUGAUCUCGAUGACACAGCUUGACCCCAGCAGGCGCUGUGACCUGGUGAAGGCUCUUCUUCAUGAGUAUUUCAUUGAGCUGCCGCUUCCCACUCCCCCUGAAGAAUUACCCAAGAAAACGGAGAAGAAGGACAAAGAGGAAAGUGAGUCGAAAAGACGUAAAAUAUAG